AUGGCCCAAGGGCAGCUAUGGGCUACUUUAAGGACCGCCAUUGAUCCCCUUAACGCAAAAGCAAUGCCCAUCAUCCUACAAUCGGCCAUUGAUUUGUUGGAGACAGAACUUGCAAAUGCUAGAGCCGCGCUGCAGGCAAUCCAGGCGCAGCCGGCAUCAAUAAUAUCCUCUGUGUCCUCAUCCUUUUCAUCUACCCCUUCCUCUUACUCCAGUGUUGACAUACAGGACUCUAUCACCGCUGGCGCAAUGGCUGCCUACAAACACCACCUGGUCGGCCAAGCCACCUUGAUUAACAACCCUUCUCUCUGCCUGCCAUGUCGCUCUACCUCCACAUGCACCACCCUCCGCUCCAUCAUCAUGGAUACCCCAUACGUCUUCCGGUAUAUGGAUUUGACAAAAUGCCGUGGGGCUCAGCCACCGCCAUCAACAGGUCCCAUCGAUCCAGGCGGCGAGACUUGGAGGACUCAACGCAUGGAUGAAUCUUUGACUGAAGAUGAGUUUUAUGGAGGACCAUUGAGGGGGAUCUUUUCAGAUUUGGGACGUAGGAAUAUCUUGCAGGAUGUCAGAACUCUGGUCCUGGAUGGUCUCUCUGUUCCUGCAGACCUAAUUGCCGAUAUCAUCCUGACAGACAAAUUUAACGUAGUUAUCCUGUCGAUUAGGGACUGUCUCAACCUUAACGAACGGAAAUUAAUGCAGACUCUUCAAUACGCUGUCAGACCUUCACGCGCCAAAGGUAUGCCAAGAGUGAAAGGGAUCUAUCAUUUCACUCCAAUGGAUGAUGCCCAGACCGCCUUUCAGGACAGGCAGCACUCGGGCCCCUCUCAACCAUACGGCUCCUCUGAACUUGAUGACAAUGCCAAGCAUCAAGGUCGGAUGACUUGGAGACAUCCGUGGUACAAACCGACCGGAAGAGUGCUCAAGAAGCCAAUCUCCACUGGAUGGGCGCAGACAUUACAGCUCUGCAACGGGAUCAUCUCCUUUGAUGCGGUUUUGUGUCGAAGCCCACAACAUCAGCCCUUGUUUACUGCAGCAGGCACCGCAGCAGGCAACGACAUGCAACCCGUAUCUUACUUCUCCCCAGCUAUAGCAACUGUUGCCCUCGGGCCCAGCGGGUGUGAGGGUUGCCAUUCCUCCCCAGAGGGUCCGGCAGUCUGGAAUCAUUCACCAAAUCACCAGUUCCCGCUCUUGACGCCGCCACCAAUGCACUCGUCCAGAGUCACCACCGCCAAGUCACCCGCUGGCUGCUCAAAUGGUGAAUAUACUCUGAUAAUGCAGUGCCAAGAUUGCCUGACCAACCGCUGGUGCCACCGGUGCGGCCGAUGGUGGUGUUCCGCCUGUCUCCCCAACCCAGAAAAGCCAACACAUCAUCUCAUGCUGCAUCAAACAGCGUCACGGCCCACAGGCCCUUCUGAACAAAAGCGCCUUUUAACUGAUAUCAGCAAAGAUUGCUGGGAAUGUGGUGCUACAUGCGGCGCUUGUAAAAUAGAAGUUCAACGGAUCUGCACAACCUGCCAGGGAGAGUAUUGCCUCGAACACAAUGACGGCUGCACCCCUAGCAAGUGCGACUGGUGCAAUACGAGCGCCCGCGGACAGAGAGCUCUACAAUAG